AUGCACCGCUCGAACCUCGCCGGCCACCACUGCCCUGCGCGGCCCCUUCACAUCGCCGCCCUGCCGUUGGGCCCAUCCGGCCCUAGGCUGCCAUCUCCACGCCGUCCCGGGUCACCACGACCAGGCAAAAGGCAUGUCAUGUCUGUCGCGUCGGCAGCCUCCGGGGACGAUCAGCCCUUUCCACAAUUUCGACUCGGCGAGAACCCGGUCGAGACGGUGGUGCGGUGGCUGUAUCGAAAGCCCGGCCGUCGGAACGUGUACGGUGUGAUCCCCGUGAAUGCGGAGGUCGCCGAUGAGGAUGACGAGGCCGCCAGUGCCGAGAGGACGAGGCUGAGGCAGCGUGCGGCGGCGGAGAUGGUGAACAUCGAUUGGGAGGAGAGGGGGAGGAGGAAGCUCGGGGGAAAGAUAUUGAUGGGGGCCGGGGCGGUGUUGGGAUGCGGGCUGGUGGUGGCUCGGGCGGAUUGGCUGGCGCGCGCGGCGCUGGUCGGCCCGUUCAUCUUUCUUGGUGUCGCGCUGUACGCGUCAGGGAGGGCGGGGCUGUGCAAUCUGGCGCAGGCUGGAUUCUGGGACGUGGAUGGGGCGGGUGUUGCUCCCAUUGAGGACAAAGGCCUUGCAGCACGCAUGAAGGCGAAGGUGAACGAUUUCAACGUGAAGAUAGCCCUCAUUUGCGCGGCCAUAACAGCAGCAUACGCAGCAAUCCCUCUGUCCUGA